GUGUUUUGAAUCGGAGGGCGUUUUAACCGACGCAGCUUACGGUGAGGAGAAACACGGACUUGUGCGCGGAUUUUUGUUCAAAAAGCGAAAUAAACAUUCACACACCAACAUGGAUUUGGACUCCAUGAAAUAUGCAGAAUUGCGAUGUCUCGCUAAGGAGCUCGGGCUCAAGGCGAACAUGAAGGCCGACAAACUUCUGAAAGCCAUAAAGCAGCAUUAUCAGCAAGAAAAAAAAGAAUCGGAGGAGCAGAGGCGAGACAUUGAUAAUGCCCUAAAAAAUGAAAAUGAAGCUCAGGAGAAAUCUGAGGAUGGUCAGGAUUCAUCUUGCAAAGAAGACGUUUCCAACACUGCUGGCUUUGUGAACACACGUCGAGGGAAAAGAAACGGUACCAAGAGAAAGAUCUCUGAUACUGCAACACUGACUAAGGGUGAUGCCGAGAUACCUCCUAAUGCUGCAAAGGGUGACACUGAAAUAGGUGCAUCUAGUGCACCCUGCAGUGCUAGGGGUUCUAAGAAGAGAAAGGUGUCCUCUGCCAAAGAUACAGACAAAACAGCAGAGGAACCUCCAAAAAAACUCCAGACCACUAACAUUAAGGAUGAAGCACCUGUGGCUGCUGAAGCAGAGGAGUCGCUGCUGAUGGCCAGUCAGCAGAAUGCAGGCCCAAAGAGCCUUCACAGUGGCUCAACCCAGAAACUACAUCCAUCUUUGCUCUGCAGCCUCCAUCCACAGGGCAGCAGUGCUCUAAAGCUGGAAAUAUGUAAAUGGAUACCCUUUCACUUUGUCAGCAUCUUGUUUAACCCUCUGCUAUGAAUUUUUUUUUUUUUUUUUACAGUUGUCUGCACACGUCUUGGCAAAUAUAACCAUUCUGACACGUAUCAAAAACCAUUUCCUGUUUUUAGGGUUAAGAUUGGGAUUAUCGCUCAUGAUGACCUCACAGGGCUAAAUGAGAUGUUGCUUUUGUAUAUAAGAGAUUUUGGCUUCAAAAUAUGCUAAACUCUGAGAUUAAUCAAAAUGUAAUGCUGUAAUGAUGCUGUAAUGAGAUGCUGUAAUGAGUAGAAGCAGAGUUGAGAUAUUUAAUUGGGUUUGCCCUUUUAAGUGGACAUCAGGUAGUAAAAGGGACCUGUAUUCAGAACUCUUGUGGUCAACAAAAGGCGCUGCAGUGGAAGGAAAAAAGUGAAAUAACUGAAGUCCAAAAUACGUGAAGAAACCAAGGAAUGAAGACAGAGAGAAGACUUCCAUGCUAACUACACACCAAUGAGAAAGAUAAGAGACGGGAAGUGAAAGCAGGAAAUAAAAACACAGUAAGAUGCAUGAGAAAACUAACCUUCAAAACAACUAAUCUUAAAGAAGGACAAUAUGCAGUUAAGAAGCAUUUCAGGGGGAGGACAAAAGAGAACCUGCCUGACUGCAUCAGGGAACAUCAUCUUAAAUAAUGGUUCUUAAAAUAUCUCCAGACUGCUGACAUUUCUCCUCCUCCACCAUUCAUAUGUACCAGAAAUGUCUGCAAUGCCAGUGACAGCGAAUGCAGGUCUGAGCUCAACUUUCUGUUGCUCCUCCCUUCUGUGUAAUUCACUUGAUUGUGAGGCUGGAGCCAGCCUUUCACUUCUUGCAUCACCAUGUGUCCACUGAGCUGCGCAGUGGCUUCAGUCCAUUUAAGUUGAGUGGGUGGGUUUCUGACAGCUAGAAAAACUCAUAGUGGCAUCAGAUAAACUGCUGGGAAAAAUGGCCACAACUUUGAAGAGCUUAAUUUGAACAUCCCACAGAUGUAAAGAUGAGGUUGCUAUACUCUGUGUGGUUAAGUUGUUAAAGUGCUCAUAAGCUGUCAUCUAUUAUCACUUCAAAUGCUUUUUGUCUGGGAACC